AUGACGCCACCGGUGCCUUCCGUCCUCGCUCCGCCGCUGCACCCCAUCGAACUGCUGGACCACCUUCUCGGCACCCUGCUCCUCGUACUUAGCCUCGGGUUCGUCUUGCUCGUCGAACUCACUCGGCGGCGCGUGCUGUCGCUACACCAACUGACGUUUUGCCUCGCCAGUGCCGUGUCCACACUGACCAUCGGGGGCUUCGUCGAGCACAACGUUCCCAACGACGUGCUGGAUCUGGCCCUCUUUGGCUAUUACACCCAAACGUCCACGCUCCUCCAGCUUCGGUACGCGCCGCUCGUCGGUGCCGUCGUGGCCACAGUCGCCUUCCUUGUGUUCAUUUCCCUGUGCUCGUGUCCAUGUUGUUGUGUGGUUGAUGGCGACGGGUCGCACCAACGCUGCGUGUUGACGCGCCUCCGUCACGCCCUCUCGGUGUACUGCCUCGCGCUGUUUGUGUUGUUCCUAGUCCUUGGAAUGCGAUUGAAUGCCCGCAUGAGACUCAGCGCCAUCAAACCCGUCGGCGGAACGCUGCACUGGCAAAUGCUGCAAACGCCGCUCUGCGUGUCGACCUUGCACGUUGGUAGCCUCGCCCUCGUCGUUUUGAAAGAUGUGCUUCACCACGCAGCAGCACCGCCUUCCACUACAUAUCAACACAAGCCAGCCCACUCCCCUCCCUCCAACCAACUCCUUCAACCUAUCCCCCAACGCCCACGUUCGCUGACGACAAACCCACAGACUAUCCCGACCAAGUACCAGCAAGGAGGAGCCCUUCCGCACUCUCUGGGCCGCGUUCCUUCAAAAUCCACCAUAUCCCCACCUCCUCGCCAUCCCGCUGACGCUUCAGACGACGACUCAAAACCAUCCGCCAAAUCGUCGACACAGGUGGACAAGGCCCCUUCACAAUCCGGCAGUCCCGCCCCCGAACCCCCCUUUCGCGGGUCGUCGUCUCCAAGAAGCAGCAACAAGAGCUCUGUCGUCCAACGGGUGUCUCCCGUCCGGCGCCGGGCUGCGACCGAACGCGACUCGACCCCUCCGCCCACCUUGACGCGCCGACGAGCCACCCCCGUCGCACAGUCCCCCGCCACCGCUGUGCCGUCUCCGGGGGACAUGUCGGGCCUCAUCAGCAGCGAAAGCGAAAGCGACGACGACGUGAUUGUGCCGUCCGCUGUGCGGCAAUUCACGUCCGAGUAUGCCGUGGCCAAUCGGCUCGUCGCGGGCAUUUUUCGGGGUGGAAUGCCUCGCCAAGAUCGUCAGGACGACGUAGGCAACGACAACAUGCCUAGUCCUACGAGUCCGUGGGUGUUGUGCUACGACGAAGCGACGGCAGCACCAUAUUACUACUGCCACGCCACUGGCGAAAGCAGGUGGGAGCUUCCCGAGACAUCCGUAGGCGCCGCCGCCCCCGUGCAUUCCAAAUGGGAGUAA